AUGGUUAAGUGGCAGGUCCGGCUGGUGAUCGCAGAGAAGGGGCUGCCCUGUGAGGAGCGGGAUGUCAGCAUGCCCCUGAUGGAGCACAAGGAGCCCUGGUUCAUGCGGCUCAACCUUGGCGAGGAGGUGCCCGUGAUCAUCCACAGGGACAACAUCAUCAGCGACUACAACCAGAUCAUCGACUACAUGGAGAAGAACUUCACAGGAGCAAUGCGGAGUGGAGGGAGAUACCAGCACCAGGAGAUGGAAGCAGCUGUGAAGACAAGCCCUAGUGCCCCUAGUCACAACCAGUUGCUAUCCAAAACCUUCUUCAAAAAUGCCACUAUUUCUUGA